AUGGACGUAACCGAUGCCCUGCUGCAGGCAGUGCCAAAACCAAAAUCGAGCUCGAACUCACGGGCACUACCCCUGCAGAAACAUCAGCAUGUUCUUUCGCCGCACCCUUUAUUCCCCUCGCUACCCACGUACGGCCAACCGACGACGUUCCGGGUCCUGCAGUGGUUCGCCAUUCGCUGCGUUUCGUUUGUUCUUUCGCUAUUGCUGUUGAUAUUGGUUGUUGCUGGGGCUGUGGUGCAAUGGGGAUGUGGGUUUGCGUCUGAUGUGCGGAUGCGAUGGAACGGGGAGAAUCCGCAGCCUAGGAAGUUCCAUGUGGAGGAAUGGGAGAGGGAGUCGGAGAGACAACAUGCGGAGUUGAAAUGGAAGAGGAGACAGGGGAAGAAGGAUAUUAUUGAAGAAGAAGAGGAAGAGGAAGAAGGACCUGAUGAAUGCCCCCCGUUGGAAGGAGGGAAGGAUCCAGUUGUCGCUGACGUCGCAUAUUAUGCGCGCAGAGUUGGAUUGGAUGUGGAGACGUUCAAGGUGCAGACGGAAGAUGGGUUUAUCCUUACGCUGUGGCACGUCUAUAAUCCUCAGGAGUAUGUGCCCCUGCCACCUGAGGAGAGGCAGGUUCGUGGACCGCAGGCGUUCACCGGUGAGCGGAGUCCACGAGUAUCGUCAGCAGGAGGCAAUCGACGCUAUCCGAUUCUGUUGAUGCAUGGUCUGAUGCAGAGUGCGGGGGCUUACUGCUCCAAUGAUGAUGACAGUUUGGCUUUCUACCUUUGCAAGUCGGGAUACGAUGUCUGGUUGGGGAAUAAUCGCUGCGGGCAGGGCCCGGAACACUCUUCCCUUCCAGCGUCCGACCCUCACCUGUGGUCUUGGAAUAUCCGACACUUGGGCGUGCUGGAUCUGGCUGCACUCAUGUCACGGGUGCUUUACGAGACUGGAUUCGAGAAACUGGGACUUGUCUGCCACUCCCAAGGCACGACGCAGACUUUUGUGGCCUUGGCCAAAGAGCAACGGCCAGAACUGGGCGAACGUAUGUCAGUCUUUUGCGCACUCGCCCCGGCUGCUUAUGCGGGGCCGAUGCUGAAACGGAUAUACUUCCGCUUCGUGCAAUGGAUUCCCAACGCAGUAUUCCGCCUGUUCUUCGGCAUCCACGCCUUCAUCCCCCUCAUGAUCACAGUGCAGAAAGCCAUCCCAUCUCGCAUCUACGGCACACUAGGCUAUCACGUCUUCUCCUCACUCUUUCAAUGGAGCGACGCCCGCUGGGACCGGGGCCUCCGCUCCCGCAUGUUCCAAUUCGCCCCUGUCUAUGUCAGCAGCGAGAUGAUGCGCUGGUGGCUAGGCAGCGACGGUUUCGCAAAACAAGGCUGCGUCCUCUCCACCCAGCAACUCAGCAGCCGUGAAGCCGACGAGGAUCACCACGUCGAGUCAGGGAUUACCGACGGUUGCACCCGCAGCGACACCGCCUGGUACGGUGCGCAGAUGCCGCCGGUAGCGAUGUGGAUUGCGGGGUCGGAUGACCUUGUCGAUGGACAACGGCUGUUGAGACGGUUUUGUAAUGGGCGGGAACCGCAUGUGCAGGUCGUACAUGCGAAGAUCGUUGAUGAAUACGAGCAUUUGGAUGUGCUUUGGGCGAUGGAUGUUAUUGAGCAGGUGGGUAAGGAGGUGCGGGAAGUGCUUUGGAAGACCAUGCCCGGGGAGGCGCGGGAAGUGUGCCGCAUGCCGCGGGGGGUAUGA